AUGCCUGAGAUUAUCAAGGAAGACAUUGUUGAAGAAGUCGAGGCAGUUGAGGAGGAGUCCGAUGUCGAAAACUCUUUUGCCGACAAAAGCAUCAGUCGUGGAGAGAAGAAGGCUCGCAAGGCUCUUGCCAAGCUCGGCUUGAAGCAUCUUAAAGAUAUCAAUCGUGUGGUUCUUCGCCGUCCUCGCAACGUUCUUCUUGUUGUUGCCAAGCCCGAUGUUUACAAAUCUGGAUCCAGUGACACUUAUAUUGUCUUUGGCGAGGUCAAGGGUGAAGAUCAAUACGCCCAGGCUGCUCAGGCUGCUGCUGCUCAACACCAAGGGUCAGUAGACAUCAACAAGGUUAUGGAGGAGGCUGCUGCUGCUCGUGCCAACGCUCCCCCCGUCGCUGAAGACGAGGAGGUAGAUGAGACUGGUCUUGACGCCAAAGACAUCGAACUUGUUAUUCAGCAGGCUGGUGUAUCUAGAGCCAAGGCUGUUCAUGCUCUCAAGGCCAACAGCAACGACAUUGUUAACGCCAUCAUGGAAUUGACUCUUUAA